AUGGCGGUUACGGCUAACCUUCGACGUCAGCAACAGCAGCCAUACCAGGAGACAGCGAAACCGGUCAGUAAAAACUCCCCCGUCACCGGCGCCGCCGCGGCCACCGCCGCGCGCCUUGCCACGGCAGCCCUCGCCCUCACCGCCGCUAGCGCGGCCACCUACGAGGUGUCUCCUGAUGGCGAUCCCAUGACGCUCACCGCAGCGCUAGAGGUGGCCGGUGCAGGCGACACCAUAUCAUUGGGGGACGGGAUCUACCGCGAGCCGCUCGUGACCAUGAAGGCCGGUGUGGAGGGUAAUCCUCUCGUGAUCGAGGGUGGCAGAGACGCGGUCGUCAACUACUACACCGGCGAUAAGAGUAUCAUGUGGUCCCAGAAGGUCGUCGACAUUCGCCACUCGUGGGUCACUCUGCGGGGGUUUACCAUCGACGGUCAGAUAGACGACGCCGAUCACGAAGAUUCGUUCGUGGACAAGUGUAUCUUCGUGGAGGGUCAGGCCGCGCCCGAGGACGUCGAGUACGACGGUCGCACUGUUGAGACCGCCUUGAUUGGCACGGUGAUCGACAGCAUGAAAAUCCAGAACUGCGGGAUGGAGUGCAUCCGCAUGAGGAACUUCGUCACCAACACUGUGAUCAUCGACAACGACAUAGAAGACUGCGGCAUCUACGACUACCGGUACACGUUCGAUGGAAAAGUCGGCGAAGCAAUCUACAUCGGAACGUCCAGCAACCAGUGGGCCGACGGUGCAGACGGGAGGGUGACGCAUGGCCCUGACGGAUGCAACUACAACCUGGUGACCGGGAACAAGCUCGUGCCUCGCGGUAACGAGUGCGUGGACAUCAAGGAAGGCGCAACCAUGAACGUCGUCGAGUACAACGACUGCGAGGACCAGCGGGACGUGGAGUCAGGGUGCUACGACUCCAGGGGAAACGAGAACACCUUCAGGUACAACACGGCCGAGAAUUGCCUUGGCGGUGGAAUCCGUCUGGGAGGUCACGAAAUCGAUGGCAUCACUUACGGUGUCGACAACCACGUCUAUGGGAACUCGUUCAGAGAGACCGGUGACGGAUCGAUCAAGGCGAGGAGGGACCCCCAGGGGGUCAUCUGCGAAAACUCGUGCGAGGACGGUGACUGUGAUGUCAGCGAGGAAGGGUGCGUACGGCCAACGGGAAAAGAAGGUUGCGCGAGUAGGGAUGACGAGGAGAUCGAAGACUCUUGGGACCAGGAGUGCCCGUCAAGCUUACCUUCCGUCCCUUUCAUCGACGACUUGGGCACGCCGACCCUGACUCCCCCCACCCCCACUCCAACGGCCCCCACUCCGACUCCCACCUCGCCGGUGCAGUCCACGACUCCUCUCACCCCCGCUCCAACGAACCCCACUCCGACUCCCACCUCGCCGGCGCUGUCCACGACUCCUCUCACCCCCGCUCCAACGAACCCCACUCCGACUCCCACCUCGCCGGUGCAGUCCACGACUCCUCUCACCCCCGCUCCAACGAACCCAACUCCGACUCCCACCUCGUCGGUGCUGCCCGGGGCGACCUACCUCGGGUGCUACAUCGAUGUGAAGGACUCUGGUCGGAUCUUCAGCGAGCGCAUCACUGACAGGAACUACAUGACCAAUGAGCGGUGCAUGCAAGAGUGCGAAGGCUCCCCGUACUUCGGGACGCAGUGGGGAAAGGAGUGCUGGUGCCCGUCGAACGGGUCCAUGGAGAUUGUUGACUACGAGCAGCACGGGGAGGCCCCCGAGUCCGAGUGCGACAUGGCGUGCGCCGGCGCCUCGGACGAGGCGUGCGGCGGCUACGACAGGAUGUCUGUCUGGUCCUAUGGGACGACGUCUGUCACCGGCACCGGCUUCACGUGCGACGGGAUCCAGAGGGGUGACUUCUGUUGCUCGGCCGGGUGCGGCGAGUGCGGCGGCGAUGGCUGCAGCAAUCGCGGAGAGGGUUUGGACGGAGACGACUGCUGCCAGAGCGACAUCGAGGACAACGGGAACAUGUGCUCCGUCACCGGCAAGGCUCCUUGCAUGAUCGACUAA